CUGUCGUCUCUCACAUCAACGUUUUUUGUUUAAGGGGAGCAGCGCAGCGAAGGGAGCAAUUAAUCGCCGGCAUGGACACGUGUGAGGUGAAAGACCCACAGAGCGGUCGCUCAAGAUACGUGGAAUGUCGAUGGGGUUGUUGCUAUGAAGAUCAAGAAGACCCAUGCUGUGAUUCUAUAUACGAGCGUGCCCCUUUCGUCAUCGGUGUGUUGGUGGGCGUGUUUGUGCUCAUCAUCAGCAUCGUCUCCGUGGUCAUCAUCUGCCGGAGUCGUCUCCGAGACGGGGAGGAACGGGAGAGUCUGAUCUCUAGAGAGUCUAGAACAGGAGGUCUCGGCGAACUGCCGCCCUCUUACGAUUCAUACCAAAAUUCAUACUCCAGUCCACCCAUCGACUGUCGAACGCCCCCUCCUGCGUACAGCGGCCACAACUCUGUGGAAGAAGAUACUGGUCUACCCAGUUAUACAGAGGCUACGGAAGAUCUACCUCCCUACAAGGCUCGCUCCUGAUAGAAAUCGAGGCCCCUGAAACAACAAACACUGAGUCUAGCUUGACGUACACUCGUUUUGGUUUGAAAUACAGAGUCUUGGUUCGUGGACUUGGUCGAAGAAUAUUUUCAUCUGUGCGGGAAAAGCUGUAUGCUUUGAUUGGGUUCAGUCCAUAGACUUGUAUUAUGAUAUCCAAGACUAGAUCUAUGCACUCUGGCGUACUUCCGGUUCACCAUGAAGCACUCUAUUUGACUCUAUUUUGGAACCGAAAUGAAGGGCAAAGAGGGAACGGUUGCUCACUGACUCGAUAAUAGUGAAACUUUUGUAUUUUGCCCUUCGUUUGCGCACCCACAACGAAGUGUCACUGAGAGCAAAGAACGGCGGACGUGACAGUGCUCGGUCUAAUAUCAUAACUCAAGUCUAUUGUUCAGCCAUACUAAACGCGGCUUUCUGGGAGAUAUCGGGUGGAGAGAUAAUAAUAUUAUAGAGCACAGUCAUCGAAUUACAACUGUUUUUACGCAUGAAUUUUGUACUUGCACACAAACGUCACGACAGACUUGUCACGUCCUGGGCAGUGUGUCUGAUCUCGUUUCCCUUCAAUGUCUAUAUCAUUGUUAUAUAUCGCAACGGUGAAAGGAGUAGAGAUAAUAAUUUCUGAUACAGUGCGCUACCAUAACGUGUCCUACUGGAGACAGGUGUCCGUCUUCUUCUGAACCGAUAUGCUCAAGUUGCCAGAUUUAUUAACUCCUUUCGGGUGAAGGACAUGCAGUGUGUCGAGACUGUCAAAAUUACUGAUGUGUCGUCCAGACUCCUUCUUAACAACAGUGCGUCAACAUGACUUCCAAAUGACUGAUGUUUGGACUGACGUUUUACUUCAUCGGCAGAGGCAAAAAACAACCCCAAAAAAACCCCCAGCACUAUAGCAACAAUAACAACAACAAUAAUUCAACAACAACAACAACA